AUGGGAACUGAUUGGCUGCAACCUCUGGUCGCCAGGAUCAAAGAAUGCCGCUCGUGUGUCGUCAUUCCCGUCAUGGAUCUGAUAAAACCGCACGAUUUUGAGUUCAUGAGAGCCGUGCCAGACUUUCGCGGUACUUUUGACUGGGAUAUGACCUUCCGGUGGAGGAAAAUACCCAUUGAUGUUCUGAAGAACCGUGAGGGGGAGCUUUCACCGAUUCCCACCCCGACCAUGGUUGGGUGUGCACAUGGCAUCGACCGGAAGUAUUUCUGGGAGCUCGGAGCGUAUGAUACUACGAUGGAAAUUUGGGGGGCGGAGAAUAUCGAACAUUCAUUUCGCAUAUGGAUGUGUGGCGGUCGCCUGGAGACCAUUCCGUGCUCACGUGUUGCCCACGUGUUCAAACAUGGCGGUCUGACGUAUACUUUUAAAAGUGUGAAGACCAAAUCGAGUGCCAUAAUCCAGAAGAAUCAAAUAAAGACGGUGGAACUUUGGCUAGACGAGCACAGAGAUAUCUUUUAUGCCACGCAAUGGGCCAUUGAGCCCGUGAAUUAUACGCACAUUGAACAGCGCCAGGAGCUGAGAAAACAAUUGGGAUGUAAACCGUUUUCUUGGUACGUCGAAAAUAUCAUCCCCGAUACACCGGUACCUUUAAAAUCUAAUCUGUAUUUCGGACAGUUGAUUCACCACACGAAAGAGGACACGUGCCUCAGUUAUGACGUCACAUCUCGCGAUGGUCACGUGGUCUGCAGCACGCCCUGCUCAGAUCAGUACGUCGCCGAGCACGCCUUUCAUUUUGAUGCAAACGGUCAAUUUAUGUUUUACGCAAGGUGUUUUGAUUUAACUGAAAACGCAACACUCAAUCUUACCAGUGAAUGCAACAACACAUGGACAUUUGAAAAUUCUAUGCUCAAACAUCUUGGCACAAACCGUUGCUUGGGAUUGGACAGUGAAGGUCAGGUGACCAUGACGUUGUGCGCAGAGUCAGACGCCUCCCAGAAAUGGCGUUUUACUUACCAUUUUAAUUGGGACAUUGGAAAGAAAAAGCCGUGGGAAGAAACUUUGAGAGAAAAGGAAGAAUGA